AGCUCCAACGGCUAGCCACGCGAUACAUUACAAAAGUCACGCGAUAGUGGCCACUUGUUUAGAAUUCCCGAAAGAUGGCGGCGGCGCCUCCGGAUGAGGCUACCCUGCAGUCUCGCAUCAACAAGGCCACCAACCCUUUGAAUAAGGAGACUGACUGGGACAAUAUCAAGGGAUUUUGUGAUCAGCUCAACAAUGAUCCGGAAGGUCCCCAGCUUGCAACCAGACUUCUGGCCCACAAAAUCCAAUCUCCUCAGGAGUGGGAGGCUAUGCAAGCACUUCUGGUUCUGGAGACAUGCAUGAGAAGCUGUGGAAAGCGAUUUCACAGUGAAGUGGGAAAGUUUCGCUUUCUCAAUGAGCUCAUCAAAGUGGUGUCACCCAAGUAUUUGGGUGCCCGGGCUCCAGAGCCAGUGAAGAAGAAGGUUUUAGAAAUAAUGUACAGCUGGACAGUGAAGCUGGCUGAUGAGACCAAGAUAGCAGACGCCUAUCAGAUGCUGAAAAAACAGGGCAUUGUCAAGCUAGAUCCUGCACUUCCUGAUGACAAGCCCCUCCCGCCCCCUGCACCCAGAGCCAAAAACAUCAUCUUUGAGGAUGAGGAGAAAUCUAAGACGCUGUCACGCUUAUUAAACAGCACUCAGCCAGAAGAUCUAAGAGCAGCAAACAAGCUCAUUAAGGAAAUGGUCCAGGAGGACCAAAAGCGUGUGGAGAAGGUAUCAAAGCGAUUAAACGCCAUCCAGGAGGUGAAGGAGAGUGUCAGCCUGCUGAGCCAGAUGCUGGAGGGCUACAGCAAGGAGAGCUACUCCCAGAGCAACCAGGAGCUCAUUAAGGAUCUUUACCAGCGCUGUGAAAAGAUGAGGCCUACACUGUUCCGAUUAGCAAGUGACACAGAGGACAGUGAUGAAGCCUUAGCGGAUAUCUUACAGGCCAAUGACAGCCUGACGCAGGUCAUCAACCUGUACAGACAGCUGGUAAAGGGAGAGGAUGUGUCUAAGGAUGGUAUAAGCAUGGCCUCACAACCAGGCAGCAUUAGCUCAGCACUCGUAGACCUGAUGGGACUUAACGCAUCAGCCAACGCGGCACCGUCCAACCCAGAGUCCUGCAGCCUCCAAACCCUGAAUCAGAACAUGGGCAUCAGCCUCUUGGAUGAUGAGCUCAUGUCACUAGGACUGAAUGUAACGGAAAACUACGACUCUCAGAACACUUUUCAGUCCUCUGAUGGCACAGAAUCAUCUGCUACAUUAGUCCCUGCAGUGUUGCUACCGGCUGUGGUCCAAACAGCGCAGGCUCCACCAGCGGGGGGCGCCACUGCUCCUCCUAAACCCAUAGAAGACCUGAACUUGUUGGGGAAGACAUUGUUACAGCAGUCUCUUCCUCCAGAGAGCCAGCAAGUCAAAUGGGAUAAGCUCCAACCUCACUCAAGAGUCACUUUACGAGAUAUGCAGACCAUGUCCAACGCCAACUCUAGACCCGCUCCCAAUGCAAACACCACGUCCUCUGCUCCUGCUCCGCUGCCCACAUUCAGCCUGGCCGUCCAAUCGGAGCAGCUGGACGCUCUCCUCUCCAAUCGGAGUCUCGCAGCUGCGGAAAAAGGCUCAUCGGCUGUUACUGACUCCAACGAUAACAUCGCUCUAGCUGACGUUACCGUGCCUCUGGAAGCAAUCAAACCAAGCAGCUUAUUACCAGUGACUGUAUUCGACAAACACAGUCUCCGGGUUUUGUUCACCUUCGCCCGUGACUGUCCUUCAUCACGGCCUGACGUGCUAGUGGUGAUCAUCUCCAUGCUGUCCUCUGCCCCCAUUCCUGUCACCAACAUCCGCUUUCAGGCAGCUGUACCGAAGGUGAUGAAAGUAAAGCUGCAGCCUCCCUCAAGCACUGAGCUCCCAGCCUUCAAUCCCAUCCUGCCUCCAGCCGCCAUCACACAGAUCCUGCUGUUGGCGAACCCUCACAAGGAAAAAGUACGUUUGCGGUACAAGCUGACCUUCAACCUGGGGGACAAAUCUCACGAUGAAUCUGGAGACGUGGACCAGUUCCCGCCUCCAAACACCUGGGGGAACCUUUAGGGAGAAUGACCAUCUUCCUGUCAUCUGAUCUGCUGCUGCCUCCUUUUAGAUUUAGGUUGAAGUUGUCCCUCAUCGCUGGCUUUGAGGGGAGACGGCCUCUCUUACACUUAAAUGGUUACAAACUCUGGGUUGGUGAUACAAGCCGACAUGAGACCAGUCGUGGGAACCAGCUUCUACCUUGUGCCUUCCUUCGCAGCCUUCCUGUCUUUAUUCGAUCAUCUCCGCCUUCCUGUGUUUCGUAGCUGCUUUUUCUUCUCCCAACAAUCAUUCCAACGCAAACUAUAAAGAAAACUGUCAGAAAUGUUGAUUCAAUGAAGUGACUUUUGGGGAAACAAGUUGAGCCUUUUUAAAAAAACCAAUGUGUGCAUUUGUCCAAUUUACAAUCCUCUCAGAUGUCCCAUGCCAUGUGAAUUACAUGUAACAGCUGGUGUCUCGCAUUAUUUCUGUUUUGUACGAAACCCAAUGCUCAACCCUUUUUAAAGUACGAAGCAUCCCUAACUUUGGACAGCAGGAGCAAAAAUGUCCCACGAGUGUUCAGAGUAGGUUUGCAUCAAAUCAUUGUCUUUUAGUCUGUCAGUAAUGGUUUUCAGUUAAACUUGAAGUCAGUUACAUGCUUAAAGUGAUGUUUACAGUAUGACCAACAGCCAACACACCCAAUGUAUUCAACCUAAUGAAAUGGAAUAGUUGGUAUUUCUACCUGAUAAACAUCUUGAUUAUCAGAAUUUAUUUUCCUAUCAAAUGAAUUAAUUGUUUCAGCACUACUUCAAUGUUCAAAGAAGGGCAGCCGUUGUGGAUUUAAUAAUCGGACAUCAUGCUCAACUUACUUGGAAACCACUUGAGUAGCAUAGGGACAUGAUCAAACUAAAUUGAAAUGUCAAAAAUCAGGAGAAACCACACUGGCAUGGUAAGGGUGCGCGUGUGUGUGUGUGUGUGUGUGUGUGUGUGUGUGUGUGGUAGAAAAAGUGCAGGUGUUAUGGAAUUCAACCAGCAUUGAUUUCAUUAGUUACAUCUGUGCUUUUGCCACAAUUAAAUGACUACGAAGGAAAGUUACUACAUCUCUGCCCCUGUUAAAAUACUGAAAUUUAGCUUUUAAUUUCUGCACUUUUCCCAAAAAGAUUGACACUUUUUUUCUUUCUACAUGUUUCACUCAGGAUUUUGAGUUAUUUUACACAACAUAAAAUUUCAUGCCCCUAUUUUGUUUUAAUUUUGCACAUGAAACCAUUCCAUAUUACUUUCAUCGUCUUUUCUCAUUUGUUGCCUUUCUACU